ACUCGCAGCGCCAUUGGUUAAUCUGGUUGCCAAUCUUCAGGAUUAUAGGUCUGUUCGCUUUUGAGCUGUAGGUUAUAAAAAGAAAAAGGACCCCAGUGGGCUUACUACGUUGAUGCCUGAGCAGCGAAAAGUCACCCUACGAGGGCGGGGUCUUGAGAGCAACCUCCCGGCGGCGGUGCUGACAGCGCAGACCCGCACUGAAAUGGCGGCGGUUACAGGAUUAACGGUUCCGGGGUGCUGGCCCCUUUGGUUCCUGGCGGUGCUGCAGGCGAUAUCUGUGUAUGGGGCGCAGUUAUCAUCAGAAGCAUGCAGAGAACUAGGCUUUUCCAGUAACUUGCUAUGUAGUUCUUGCAACCUUCUGGGACAAUUUAGCUUGAAUCAACUAGAUCCAUUCUGCAGAGAGUGUUGCCAAGAAGAAGCUCAGUUUGAAACCAGAAAGCUCUAUGCAGGUGCUAUUCUUGAAGUGUGUGGAUGAAAAUUGGGAAGGUUCCCUCAAGUUCAGGCUUUUGUCAGGAGUGACAAACCCAAACUAUUCAGGGGACUGCAAAUCAAGUAUGUGCGUGGUUCUGAUCCUGUACUAAAGUUGCUGGAUGACAGUGGGAACAUUGCUGAAGAACUGAGCAUCCUCAAAUGGAAUACAGAUAGUGUAGAAGAAUUCCUAAGUGAAAAACUAGAACGCAUAUAAAUCUUGCUGUCAGUCCUUUCCUCGCAUUUGAUCCUGAUUAUCUUCUGAGAUAAAGUGUGCUACACCCAGCAAAUCAUUCCAGCUUCUACAUUAACUUUAAAAAGAUCAUAUUGUAUGGUACUAAAUAUCUUUUAAUUAGAAAUUGAAGCUUCAGCACGGCAUACAUCUGACAAGUUGGCAAGCUGAACAAAUAGUUUGUGCUGGUACAUAUCAGCUCUUUGUGUUUGUAACAAUGCAUUUCAUUAAUGAUAAACUCAGUUAAUUAUGCAAAUUCCUGAGUUUGUUGUAAUUUGACCAGUUUUUACAAACUUUUAAAACUAGCUGGCAGUUCCAAAUAAUUGAGAUAUUUAUCAUGCUUUUUGUAUGUUGCUUUUCUGUGUACAGGAAGUCAUCAUCAAAUGUGAGAUGUACUCUGCCUCCAAAAAGAUGAGUCUGCUAGUCCUCUCUUGCAUUUUGUAUUUCUCAGCUGUCCUUUUUAUAGACAUGUUAUUUACAGUUUAUAACAAAUGCCUGGUUCUGAAAGUUUUGGGAGUUUGGUUAUGAUGGAAGAACUCAUGAUUUGGAGUGAUUGUAAAACAUGAAGUAGGUGCACUUUAGUGAAGACUACAUAGAAAACCUCUAAGGCAUGUGUAAGUCUGAUGUCAGGUGUACUUUACACCAAGUGUUUUACUUUACUACUGUAGAUCUGAGUUCUUAGAAUAUAUAAAGUGUUUUGAGAUGGCAAUAAAUUACUUUCACAAA